CACCAUCACCUAGAGGCAGUGAUCUCCAGCCUACUCAGCAACCAUCUGCCGAUGGACAGUGACACCACUGAGCUGUGGAGAUCUCUGGGGUGAGACCACUUGCUUGCCACUCAAGUCCUACAGGUCCUAAUAGAAAAAAUAAAGACUUCAACAAGCCAAGAAGGAAGCGUCACCUCAGAGACUGAAACUGACAGGCAUUUGGCAGCUGCUGAACCUCUCUCAGCAACAUGUGCCAUCUUUGAGGUGGUGUCAUCACUGCAGUCAAGCGAAGCUGUGCAGGAGCUGCUCCCAGAGCUGUUUCCUGUUCUCCUGCAGCAGGUCAGCCGAACCUUAGGACAAAAGAUGCCUUUGCCAGUGAUAAGAAGCCGGAGCCUAUUCCGAAAAGACCAACAACAUACUGAGGGCAACCCUUGCUGGUUUUCUGUCCAAGCAUUAGAAUCUGUGCUUUUCAAAGUUGGGAAUGAGAAACUGGUGAGAGUGCUUGGGAAGCAGAAAGCAUGGAUUCUGCUUGAAAACCCCCAGACUCACCAUGAGGGAGUGUGUCUGCUGGUGAGUGUUCUGCUAAGAUCUGGACUAGUAACACCUGAGAUCAUACAGAGCCUCCUCCCCUGGGUGAAUUCCCCAAUGGAAAACUUCCGAGUCACCAGCACAGCUUUCCUUGCCCAGCUAAUGAGUGAUCCCAUGCUCAGGGAGAAGAAGUUGCUUAAGAUUGUCUUACGCAUCUUGGAAGAAAGGUCACAGGAUAGAAACAGCAUUGUCCGUCAGAUGGUUGUAAGAGGCCUGGGAAAUAUAGUCGAUGGGGCGCCUGUGAAGGUGAAAAAGCACAAGAAGUUUCUUCUGGACAUACUGAUCAAGGCCUUAAAUGACACUUCCAGUUCUGAAGUGAUUGGCGAGAGCAUGAAAGCACUGGCCAAAGUCCUGAAGGAGCUGAAAGAGAAGGACAUUGGUUCUUCCUUCAAAGACCUCACCCAACAGAUCCAGACCUACUUUGACGAUGAGGAUGAUGCUCUUCGCUCAAUGGCCUUUGUCCUAUUUGGCAUCCUGGCUCAGUUAACAAAGAAAAAAUGGAAGGCCUAUUUUGCCAAGCAGGUUCGAAAGAGCUGGGUCACACUUCUGCUGCAUCUGCAAGACCCAAGCCCCAAGGUUUCAAUGGAAUGCAGAGCUACAUUUCACCUCUGUUUCCCAUUUUUGGGACUGAAGAGACUCCAAAAUGUGAUCAAUAAGCACCUUGGUGGCACAGAUGAGCUGAAGCCUGAAGAGCUCCAGGUGGACAUUUGCAGACACCUUGCCAAAGAGAAUGCAGAGCUGCUGGAGAACUUGUACAGCACCACCAUCACAUACUUCAGUUGCAGCUGGGAAGAGAUCCGGGCAGUUGCCGCCAACUUAGCUGGCAUCAUCCUGGAACACACAGACACUCAGCGUAUGAAAUGGCUGGACCUGAAACAUCUGCUGAUGUCUCUCCAGGUCCUAGAGAAAGACCCAAGUCCCACUGUCCAGCUGGUGGCAACUGAAAUCCUAAGUGACAUCUAUUCUGGUGGAGUGCUUGAGGAAUGAAGCAGAACGAAGACAAACAGAACAAGGCGCUCCAGUGGUAUAAGGGCCCUACCAUCAAUCAAAUGUUAACCCCACCCCUUGACCCCGGCAGCAAGAUGUGUCAUGUGACCCCUCUAAGAACUCCUCCCACUUUCCU